UUUCCUCUUCCAGAAAGGACGGCCCAAUGAACUGAACCAAACGAACUGCACAGCUGACGGACAAGCCGAGCUUCUUCCUUAUGACCACAAAUGGGAAGUUUCUAGGGACCGAAUACAAUUGGGCCAGCAACUUGGAGCCGGUGCCUUUGGCCGUGUAGUCAAAGCCACAGUAUCGAACCUGGAGCCUGGGAUACCAAAAACAGCUGUUGCACUCAAAAUGUGCAAGAUGCAAGCAGAUACUACCCAGAUCACAGCACUGACCCAAGAACUGAAAAUUAUGAUUCACAUCGGAAAGCAUCUUAACAUUGUCAAUCUUAUGGGUGCUUACACAGCUAAUGUUGGCAGAGGAGAACUAUGGAUUCUUGUUGAGUACUGCCGAUAUGGCAGCCUUCUCCCAUUCCUUCACUGUCAUCGGGGUAAUUUUGAGAACGUCAUUGACCCCAUCACUGAUUUGGUCAACUUUAGUGGAAGAGAUGGUAAGGACAACAUUUCACCUUUCUUGCCCGUUCUCAAAUCUCCAAAAUCAGCCAAAUCUUCCAGUGACCCUCAGUCUGUCCAGACAGCUUCACCCACCAUGUAUACCAGUACAAGGCCAUGUGAGAUUUUAUUGGAGUCCCCAGCAUCCCCUAAAGUUCUCUUCUCAUCCUCAAAAACCCCCAAUGAGGACAUGAGGGAUAGACAAUGCCAGACGAGUUCUCCCAGGAUCUUUCGACUUGGGAAUUCCCUGCCCAGCAAAAUGAAGAUGGUACAGAAUCCUUACCAGACGGUUCCAGCUGUGGAAAGCACAGCAGCACCCGAUGAAGGAUCAGAAGACCAAAGCAAGAAGGAGCAGUCGUUAAAAGUGCUAGAUUCCCAGGGAAACUAUUGUAAGAGCACAAUUCCCGGAGUGACGUCAUCUUUCACGACUGUCGACCUUAUUUGUUGGGCUUGGCAAGUGGCUGAGGGCAUGGACUAUUUGACCCACAGAAAGGUUUUACAUGGAGAUUUAGCAGCAAGAAACCUGCUUCUGGCUGAGGCCAAUGUUGUGAAGAUCAGCGACUUUGGCCUCUCAAGAGACAUCUAUAAAGACGACAUAUACCUUAAACAAACCAAUGAUCUCUUGCCAGUGAAGUGGAUGUCAAUUGAAGCCAUCCGUGACAGGAUGUUUUCCAUUCAGAGCGACAUCUGGUCUUUUGGAGUAACUCUAUGGGAACUCUUCAGUUUGGGGUCUACUCCAUAUCCAGGGGUCAAAAUUGACAGCACAUUCUUACUGAGUCUACAGAAUGGGUACCGAAUGGAGAAACCUGAAUACACAAACAAUGACCUAUACAAAAUCAUGUGCCAAUGCUGGGAGAGCGUCCCUCAAGAUCGGCCUUCCUUUCGACAUUUGGCCGACAAACUCAGCAAGUUGUUGAUGCCUGACACUACUCAGUACUUCAACAUCAAGAAUGGAGAGUACCUGAACAUGAAUAAGGAGCGUUUCAAGCAAGAGACAGAUUGCUUGGAGAUGGUGGCAUCACCUGACAUCAGGCACAUCACCAGAGAUGGAGAGUCGAAAUGUGAGGCAUGUUGAAAUUUCUCUUAUUUGAACCACAAAUCUGUCAUGUUCUAAUAAAAUGUGUAUCAAGAACUGUCUAACUUUAUGAACUGCUUACUCUAAUGGAAUUCAGGCCUAGGUCACUACGUAAAUAUUACAACCAGCAUCAAACUUUGCUUUUGUUAUUCAGAUGCUCUAUCACUAAAAACUCAAAAAACAGAUAUGUUUCUCUUUGUCUGUUUUGUUUCUCAUGACAGACUCAGAAGCAAAUGUGAAAAGUUUAAAAAGACAUUUUAUGGUAGUGGAAAAAAGGGCAAAUUAUUUCAACUGUUCCAACCAUACCUUAAUUGCCUCCACGUAAAAGGGUUAUGUAAGUUCAGUGCAUAUUCUCAAAAAUCAAAUUAGGUGGGUAAAUAUACGUUCUUUUAGCGGUUGGUAUUCAAGGAGAUGUGUGAUCUACUGAUGAUUCCUUGCUGCUUU